AUGGAAAUUCUCAUAAAUUCUGUACCAAAUACGAAAACCGUCGAGACCGCUUCUAUCAACUUCUGCAUUCCAACUGCUGAAGACGUCAACACCAAUUGUUUGGCACCACAGAGACCACAACAGUGUUGUUGUCAACCACCUCCACCACCACCACCAUGCGGGGGAGGUGGAUAUGAAGCUCCACCACCACCACCUCCACCAUCGUAUGCUUCUGGACCAUCGUAUGCUGGAUCCUAUGGACCACCACCUUAUUCAUCUGGACCAUACAAGGCGAGAUCAAAGAGAUCAAUGGAAUUGAAGGCGUCGAGUGGAGAUGUGUUGUGCAACAGUGUUGAAGUUAGAGAUAUCAUCAAGAAGGGAAUGACCGAGGACGAGAAAGAGUCCCGUGAAACCGUCGUCGCUCUUCUGAAGGCUGAGAUGAACCGUGAGUACGUCGUGAUCUGCUCCAAACAACACUUCGACUACCUCGCUUCGUCGGAUUCUGACUUCUGCUCCGUCACCAACUCUGCUGGAAUCACUUGUUCUUCAUUCGUCUUCUAA